CCAGAUCCCCUCUCUCUCAUGUUCUUCUUUGUACACCCUAAAGCCUAAACUGAAAUCAUUAUCACUUAUCAGAUUUUCAAUCACGAAGUUCACUCUUUUUAGUUACAAAAAGAGAAAAAAGGGUGAAUCCGCCAUGGCCGCACUUACCAAGCUCUGCAACUAACUACUACACCGACACAGCUCAUUUCAAUUAAAUUUUCCGUUUUCAGCCAUUUUCUGUUGUAAGAUUUCUACAUGAGUACCACAAGAUGAGAUCUUUAAUUCCAUACCUAGAUACCCAAGUGUUCAUUUGAAGAAAGUUUGUAUUUUUCAGUUAUUUUUUCGUAAAAUUUCUUCCACAACACUGGGAUCUGUAUACCUCGGCAUCUGCACAUUUGAAGAAAUCUUUGUUUAUUUUUGUCAAUUUUUCGUUAGAUUUCUACUGCAACAACACUAGAUGGGAUCUUUGGUUCCAUAUCUGGACCUGAACCUUCUCCCUGACCACAAUAUAAUUACCCCCAAAGUUGAGCCUAAGCUUGAGCCCUUAUACGAAGAACCCUACUUCUCAACUCCGAAUGCUAAUUCCAGUUCUUACUCUAACCCUGAUCCUGGGUAUUACCCUGAGUCUGGUUCUGAUGCUAUCCAAGAAAUCUCUCCGGUUUCAGAAAUUACAGCCGAAGGAAAUGAUGUAUAUUCGGAAUACUACAGGAUUACCCAGCUUUUUCAGUCUGCUUUCGCUAAGAAACUGCAACAGUACUCCGAUUUGACGGCUGUGGAACCGAACUCACUUGCCAUUGUUCCUCAGCCGGAGCAAACUAGCGUCUCUAGGGCUGUCGCGAAGUACAAGAAGCACAGUCGGUCGGGGGAGAUGAUUAGGGUUACUACUCUUGGGGCUGAAGAUGCUAGGUACUUUCGGAAUUUGGUUCGGAGGACGAGGAUGCUUUAUGACUCUCUGCGGAUCAUAACUAAUGCGGAAGAUGAAAGAGUGGAAACUAAUGGUAGGAAAACAAGGGGGGAUUUGAGGGCCGCUUCGUUGAUGAGGACUCGGGGUCUGUGGCUGAACAGGGACAAGAGAAUAAUUGGUGCGAUUCCAGGGAUUUGCGUUGGUGAUGUCUUUUUUUAUCGGAUGGAGUUGUGCGUGAUUGGAUUGCAUGGGCAGCUUCAAGCUGGAAUCGAUUAUGUCACGGCAAGUCAGAGUUCAAAUGGCGAGCCGAUUGCGACGAGCAUUGUUGUUUCUGGUGGGUACGAGGAUGAUGAAGAUGCAGGUGAUGUGAUAAUCUACACUGGUCAAGGUGGACAAGAUAAGCAAUUUGCGAGACAAUGCGUUCACCAGAAGCUUGAAGGGGGCAAUCUUGCGUUGGAGCGGAGCAGGUAUUACGGAAUUGAGAUAAGGGUCAUUCGGGGUUUUAAAUAUGAGAGAAGUAUUACCAGUAAGAUCUAUGUUUAUGAUGGUCUAUAUAGAAUUAUUGAUUGCUGGUUUGAUGUUGGUAAGUCCGGUUUUGGUGUGUACAAAUAUAAGCUUUUAAGAAUGGCUGAUCAACCUGAAAUGGGCAGUGUUUUACUGAAACUUGCUGAGAAUCUGAGGAUAAAACCUUUGGAAGCCAGGCCAUCUGGUUACCUCAGUCUUGAUAUCUCCAAAGGAAGGGAAAAAUUGCCCGUUUUGCUGUUUAAUGACAUUGAUUCUGAUCAAGAGCCAACGCUCUUUGAGUAUCUUGUGAAGCCUGUGUUCCCGCCUCCUGCAUUUCAGCAUUUGGGUAAUAGUAUCGGGUGUAAUUGUGUUUCUGGUUGUUCCUCUGGUUGUUUUUGUGCUCAGAGAAAUGGUGGAGAGUUUCCUUAUGACCGCAAUGGGAUUCUCUUGAGGGGGAAGCCUUUGAUACUUGAAUGUGGUAGCUUUUGUCGCUGUCCACCUAAUUGCCAGAAUCGUGUGACUCAAAAGGGUUUGAGGCAUCGAUUAGAAGUAUUUAGAUCAAGGGAAACGGGCUGGGGAGUUAGAUCCUUGGAUUUGAUUCACGCUGGUUCCUUUAUUUGUGAAUAUGCUGGCGUCAUGCUUGCUGGAGAACAAGUGGCAUUAUUUACAAUGAAUGGUGAUAGUUUGGUCUAUCCUAGUCGUUUUCCUACUAGAUGGAUGGAAUGGGGGGACUUGUCUGAAGUUUUCCCUGAAUUUGUAAGGCCAUCAAACUCCUCUAUUCCUCCGUUGGAUUUUGCAAUGGAUGUAUCAGCAAUGAGAAAUGUUGCUUGCUAUGUCAGCCAUAGUUCAACUCCUAAUGUUAUGGUGCAAUUUGUAUUAUAUGAUCACCACAAUAUACUGUAUCCUCAUCUUAUGCUAUUUGCGUUGGAAAACAUCCCACCUUUAAGAGAGCUCAGCCUUGAUUAUGGAGUGUCCUGUGAUUGGACAGGAAAACUUGCUAUUUGCAACUGAGAACAUUCUGAAGAGGUGGGAGAUUUUGUGAUUUUAUGGUUCUUUGUUUUUUGAGAAAAUGAUGCCUCGAGCUGUUUCUGGGAUCAACUCAGCUUCCUCUAAAGUGUACUGUUGAGAAUUUGGUAUUCUACACCGAACUGUGAAGGACAUAUAUUUCUGCUGCUUGAUGUUACCGACUUACCAUAGAGUUGAAACGUCCCUGUUAUUUAUCAAGAUGCUCAACGGAGUUAUGGCAGUAAGCACGAGAGCGUCAAGGGCAGAGAGGGCAAGACUACCCCCUCUUGCAUUGGGGUUGGGGUGUUUGAAUCAACCUCAACUAUACAUGUUUUAUAUGUAUGUGAUGCAAUGUGGGUGUAUUCGUAUGUGUUUGGCUGGAGAGGAGGGGUACAAAAUGUUGAUUCAGGUCUCAGAUUCGCAUGGAGGCAUUAACCCAUCACCAUCAUCCAUCACAGUUAUUGCUGUUGGUACUAUAUUAUCGAAUGCAGAUUUUCCGCUCACAAAACCAGUGAUGUCAAGGAGAGGAUACAUCUGGGAAACUAAUGACCAAUCAACUGAAACAGUACAUCCAGCUGAGGAAAGAUGUCUAGUUAGUGAUUGUGCUGGUUCCCAUAUGGUAGAUCCUUUCAUGGGCUUUGUGACAAAAUCGUUUAACACCCGAUUUUUUUUUUUGUUGUUACAAGUUCCCUCUGUAUGUGUGCUUGUACAUAUAAAUGAUCAUUUCUUGUAUCUGCUCAUGUAUAUAUUUGUCCCACUGGAUACAAGACUAGCUUGUAAACGAAGCACUGACGUGUGAAAUGGAUGGAUGAUUACAGGUCGCUUUCCCACAGUUAA